AUGUCGAUUGCAGUUAUCGGCGGCGCGGCGGUCAGCAUGUACAUUUUCAGCAUCCCCGUUAUCGAAAGCGGCCGCGAGUUCUCGUCUGCAGUCAUGCUGCGUCAAUUCCACUACCUCAUUACCCUAGGCGCCAAAUACCUGCAAAAUGGCAGUCGCAUCCAAGGCAUAUCACUCUCCACGCUUGUUUACCUCCUUUAUCGUCACCCGGAUCCCGAUAUGGCAAGCAGAUGGAAGUGGUUUGCUGCUGCCUUGUUCGUCGGCGCCCAAGUUGCUUGGUACGAGGUCGUUUAUGUCUUUCCGACGAAUGACAGGCUGGUGGAGAUGGAAGGCGAACUCAGGAAGACGGACGAACCUGAUGCGGAUCGGAAGGCAAGACCAGAGGUUAUGAGGCUCCUGGAGAAGUGGCGACGGCGCCAUAUUGGACGUAUCAUUAUUCCUUUUGCGGCUGUCACUCUUGCAUUCUGCGGCCUCUUACGUUCUUAG